UCAGAUGACUAUGUUUCAACUUGUCCUCUGUUUAAUCCUUUAUGGAGAGAUCGCAACAUGUAAACCCCUGAGUCCUGAAGAUGUGGAGGGUUUAUUGCCACCGACACCACUGACGAAGAACGAAACGCUUGCUGCCGUGGUUCAGGAUCCUGUUGUCCAGGAUGCAGUACAACAUGCAGCCAGCAACGGGUCAUUAAAUGGGCUCGUUGUUAAAAAAGACGUCUUCAUAAUGCCAGCUAGUAAUCCCAACAUGAUACUCUCAAAACGUGAACAUAUCCUGGUAGUCCCCACGGAAAAUUUGGAGGACGUGCGAAAGAAUAUUACGGAAACGAAACAAACAGAAGCCAUGGAGGCUUCUACGCCUGAAAGUGAAACGUUCUUUGAAAGCGACGCUGAUGAAUACGUACCCGAGCAGAAUACGAUGGAUCUGCAAUCCUUCUCCGAACAAGAAUCAGUACAACCGACUACAAGCAACGAAAAAUUAAGAAGCAAAACCGAAUUCUUAAAAGACACAAUUAGUCAUGACGUACCGUUACCAGAAGAUCAAUCGAAGAAAGUGGCCGUGCCUAUAGUGGCGGUCAUUGAUCCUUCGAAAGCGGAAAAAGGCAAGGUGAACAGCCCUAUCGUGGCCAUUUUACCGAAUCAAUUAAGUAACAACGACGUGAAAAAUCAGGUUCAAUUCCUGAAUGACAAUAGCGACGUUAUACAAAAGAAGGCUCAGAAUUAUGUCGAUCAAAGCUCUUUAACUAUUGUCCCUGAUUACUGGAAGUCAACCUCGCCACAGGUGAUUGUACAUUUUCAAAUUCUUAAAUUACUACAUUUUUUAAUUUCUAUAUUUUUAAAUCUAUUUUCAGUGCCGUUGUCCUCGUGGCCAAAUCAACAGGAAGAAGAAUAUCUGAAACCAAUAACGAUGUCACGCUGGGAGAUGAUCGUUCCGGCAUAUCAGGAUGACAACGCGGAUUAUUCGCGAGAAAAAGGUGACAUGGAUGUAGCUGAAGACAUUAUUUUUAGACCAUUGUUUAGAUACCGACAGGAAACGCAGCAACGGUCUAGGUACUAUGAUGACAGCAACCGAUAUGAUGAUUAUCCGAGACGCACUUAUUUUUACAGACCUCGAUACGACGAUUAUUAGAAACGAAGAGGAGUAGUGCGAGGAGGAUA